GUCACUGUUGGAUGGAAACGAGGCGAACAGGAAGUGGAGAGACCGACGAUGUGCGCCGGGAGUGUGGCGGGCCGUUAAGGCGAAGUGUAACCGCAAGAACUGCGAGCGUAGUGGUUAAGCAGCUGCCUUUGAACCCGAAGGUUGCAGGUUCGAAUCCCAGGACCGCCCCUGCGCAGUACCGGUUAGCAGGUUGUCAAGGAAAGGAUGGGCAGGCAGAGGCACGGGAAGCGGGUGGUGUCCAGCGAUGCCUCGGCCCACCGGAAGGAGGACAAGCAUGUUGUUGUCAUGCAGCGCAAGGAGAAGAAAAAGAAGCUGGACAUUGGCAAGCUCUUCAUCAACAUCUCCAUUGGCCUCUGCAUCUUCAGCCUGGUUUGGUUCUUCUACGCUCUCUACAUGCGCUCUUCUUUGGCUCGGCGGGUGGUCACCCCGCACCCCUCGCCCCGCGUCCUAGAUGAGAACAGCACCAGUCCAGCUGUGGCCCCAGAUCGCUUCUGGGGCUCCUACAGGCCUCAGGUUUAUUUUGGCAUGAAGACGAAGAGUCCCAGAUCUGUGGUAACAGGGCUCAUGUGGAUGCGGCAGUUCUCCGAGCCGGACGUGAACCUGAGGCACACGUGCGAGCAAGGUGACCGGCUGCCGAGUUAUGGCUGGCUCAUGCACGACGGCCUCAGCUUCGGCAUCCAGGAGAUCCGUGACACAGACUUCAUCCUCACCACCGAGUUCGUCAAGCGCAUGGGUGGGCACCACGGGGGGGACUGGACCUGGAGGAUCACUGCCAAGCAGCAGAGCUCCGCCCCUCAGUCCCCAGUCGUCUCCCUGAUGUUCUACGUGGCGGCAGACCAGCAGGGCACACUACAGGCCCACGUAGAGGAGCGGAACCGUCUGGGUUCGGUCAUAGGCUUCUCUGAGGAACUGGGUAGCUUUAAGAUCACCUUCGGAAAGCCUGCUGCAGGGGAGGCCGCUGGAAUCAAAUAUGCUAGUUAUAAUCACUUGAAGACGGUGAGCACGGGGUUGGAGAAGUUAACUGAAAUUGUCCAGAACAGCCUGAAUCGCAGGUUUGUCUACAGCCCACCAUCUGGCGAGAAGAGACCCUACAUCGCUGUGGACUCCUACAAGCCCCCACCCCACCACCAACAGCAAAAGAACCCCGACCCGAGGAAGGAGAGCGACUUCGUGGUGCACCAGGUCACAGCCCAGACCCCCUUCCAGAUUGAGGUCCUUUUUGAGUCCGGUAGCUUCCGGGAUCGGCCCAACCAGCUGGCUGGCAGGGUGAUGACGGAGGAGCUGGAGAAGAACAAGGCCGCAUUCGAUGUGAAGUUUGAGAAAACAUUUGGGCUUCAGAGCAAAGGCUAUACCCCAGCCCAGAUCAAGUUUGCCAAGGCAGCACUCAGCAACAUGCUCGGGGGCAUGGGCUACUUCUACGGCCAGUCAGUUGUGCAGUCGGUCUACAACGAGUAUCCCCUCCUAUACCCCGAAGGAGCCCUCUUCACUGCUGUCCCAUCCCGCUCCUUCUUCCCCAGGGGGUUUCUGUGGGACGAAGGCUUUCACCAGCUGCUCGUGAGCAAAUGGGACCCGGGCAUGGCACGGGAGGCCAUCGGCCACUGGCUGGACCUGAUGAACGUGGAGGGAUGGAUCCCACGUGAGCAGAUCCUGGGUGACGAGGCGCGCAGCAAGGUGCCGGCCGAGUUCGUGGUGCAGCGGAACGAGAACGCCAACCCUCCCACGCUCUUCCUGGCCCUCGAGGCGCUGCUGGAGGCAGAGCCAGAGCAGCCCUCUGAGGUCACCAAGCACUUCCUCCGUAGGCUCUUCCCCCGACUCCGCACAUGGUUUGAGUGGUACAACACCACGCAGGCUGGGCCGCUGCCCAACUCCUACCGCUGGCGUGGCCGAGACAAGGACACCAACCUGUUCCUCAACCCCAAGACGCUAACUUCAGGCUUGGACGACUACCCGCGCGCUUCGCACCCGUCUCCCGAUGAGCGCCACGUGGACCUGCACUCCUGGAUGGCCCUGGCAUCCCGUGUGAUGGUGCGGGUGGCCCAGCUCCUGGACGAGCCACACCACGAGUAUGAGCAGACACGCCGCACGCUGAGCAACGGCACUCUGUUAGCCAGGUUGUACUGGUCUGAGCAGCUCAAUGCCUUCUGUGACUAUGGGAACCACACCCAGGCGGUAUCGCUGCAGCAGGAGAAGGUGCAUGUGCCUCCCGGGCAGCCUCGGCAUCAGUUCCCCGCGACCCGGCUGAUCCGCUCCAUGCGCCGUGCCCCCCGGCUGCAGUAUGUCAAUGCGCUGGGCUACGUCAGCCUCUUCCCUUUCCUGUUACACAUCCUGGAGCCUGUCUCGCCCAAACUGGAGCGCAUCCUGCAGGACAUGAGGGAUCCGGACAAGCUGUGGACACCCUUCGGCCUGCGCUCGCUCUCCAAGGCCGACCCACUCUAUAUGAAGCGCAACACUGAGCAUGACGCCCCCUACUGGCGUGGCCCAAUAUGGAUCAACAUCAACUACCUGGCCGUGAAGGCAUUGUAUUAUUACAGCAACACAGAAGGGCCGUACCGUGAGAAGGCAGCCACAUUGUAUGAGGAGCUCAGGACUAACAUUAUCAAUAAUGUUUACAGACAAUACUUGGAAUCGGGUUAUAUCUGGGAACAGUACAAUGACAGCACGGGUCGCGGUCAGGGCAGCCACCCGUUCACGGGCUGGUCGGCUCUUACCGUGCUGAUGAUGGCGGAGCAGUACUAAGGCCAAUGACCUUAACAGGUGCUCAUCAUGUAUUCGGAUAUCAUAAGAUAUCGUUGGAUGCCAUCAACAUGACAUUGCUACGGGGGGGGGGGUUAAAUAAAUGUAACCUGGACGAAAUCAAAUCUGUAAGUUUCCCUUUUUUAUAUGUAUAAAACUGUUUUUAAUGAAUCAUCUCACUUGAAAAUUCCAUGAAAGGUCCUUGGCAGGGCUAGAUUAAUGUUUUCGGGCUAAAUCUUCU